AUGAUGCGCUCGACGACUGCGACGACGUCGUCGGUCUUCUGCACUCGCCGCACCCGGCGGUGGCGAGAACAACAGAAACAACAGAAACAACAGAAACAACAGAAACAACAGAUCGUCUCGAUGAACGCGAGCACUAAAAACGACGGCAAAGACGACGAGCAAAAACUGACCACGACGGAUUCCAAAGAGUACUACGCCGGGUUCCUGAACUCACCUCUCGGGGAUAUCUCCGUGGAUAAUAGCAGUAGUGAGAGUAGUAACAGUAAAAGAAGAGACUCGAUCGCGCCCACGCUGAAAUUCGCGAUGAAUUCAACCGCGGUGGUUCUGGUUUUGUUGCUCGCGUUUUUCGCCAGCAACGGGUUGCUUUUUUAG